UAUCGCAGAUCUUGCUAAUUCACAUGGUCAACGAUAAGAAGGUCGCUCUGUGGUUCAUUUUCUCUCCACAACAAAAAUGGCGCCCCGAGCGUUCCAUGUUCCCCCUAUCGACCAAUCAGAAAUCAGCCUCGCGCUGUGCUUAUCAGCCAAUCAGCGCUUCCAGGACUCUUCUUGAAAACAUGUCGCCCAUGAAGCUGUGUGUUCCAGGUGAAAGGCUUUGCAGCGUGGAGGACUGCAUCUCGGGUGCAGGCACGUAUCAACGACAUGGCUCCAUCUUCGCCUCGCUGGCCGGCUACGUGAUCAGGAGGAAUGAGGGCGAGGAGUUACCGAUGAUUUCAGUAGUUAAAGAGACAGAAGCACAGCUUUUGCCUGAUGUUGGAGCCAUCGUCACCUGUAAGGUGACGAGCAUUAACCCCCGGUUUGCCAAAGUCCACAUCCUCUAUGUGGGAUCUACUCCUCUCAAAGACAGGUUCAGAGGAACCAUCAGGAAAGAAGAUGUGAGAGCGACAGAGAAGGACAAAGUGGAGACAUAUAAGAGUUUCAGGCCCGGUGACAUUGUCCUCGCUAAAGUGAUCUCACUGGGCGACGUGCAGUCCAACUACCUUCUGACCACGGCAGAGAACGAACUGGGUGUGGUCGUGGCCCACAGUGAGGCAGGAGUACAGAUGGUUCCCAUCAGCUGGUGUGAGAUGCAGUGUCCUCGAACGCACAAUAAAGAGUUCCGCAAAGUGGCGCGAGUGCAGCCGGAGUACCUGCAGGCGUGAAGCACCGCCAGAGCUGACCUUUACCCCCGGAACACACAGCUUCAUAUACACACAGGCUCACUGUGAUGCACACACAUCUGGAAAAACUGGAGCUGAUGUUAAUAAAACCCCAGUUUACUGAGAGCAGAGUUAGAGGAGCGCUUCGACUCACUCCCGUUACCAUCCUCCUCUUCCUCACCCCCUCCUCCCCCCGGAGCGCAGCACUGAGCUUGUUCCCCUCACACACACACGGGAUUUUCUCUGAAGUACUGCUUUAUUGUGUAUGAUUUCCUCAGCCUGCACGGUGUUCUCGUGCCUCUGUAACCACAUGCUCAGAGAUGGUUUCAUUUGUGUCUGUUUUUAUAUUUCUAUUCUGAAGUCUUUAGUCAUCUGAAUGCUGUCAUUUCUGUACAUAGAGAAGUCAUGAAUUUACAGCAGCCUGAAUAAAGUGAACCAGAAAAAAAAGUGAUGUGAUGAAGCU